UUUCUUGAUUAAUACCAAAAUGGCUGGGAUUGAUCAGGGUCUUCAGAACUUUAUCCAACAGGAGACAGAGAAACAGAGGUUUCAGACUGUUCUUCAUGAGAUAACGGAGAAAUGCUGGGAUACCUGCUUCGAUAUGAAACCAAGCACACGAGUAGAAUCCAAGACUGAAACCUGUCUCAAGAAUUGUGUAGAACGGUUUAUUGAUACAAAUGUUCUUAUAACUCAGAGAAUAGAAAAGAAGGCUCAGGAGAUGAUGAGUUCAGGGUCCGGUUCAUUCGAGUAAUUAUUCAUCCCGUCCAUUCAUUA